AUGCUCCCCGCUCGAUUACGCAGACUGUUCGCCCCGGACCCGCCGAAAAACGAAGAUGAGCCCGCGCGCCAGCCCGAAUCAAUAGCUGAUACCAGGAUAUUCUAUCCUAGCUUGUGGGAUGUACUUAAGGUCCGGUAUAUACUUCAGUGGAAAGCAUACCAGCAAAGUCUACCAGCAGAGCUGGUAGAUGCGAUUGUUGAUGCCGCCGAGUACUGGCCUUCGACAGAGCGCCGAAUGGAAGGUAUCAAGAGGUUCAUUUCAAAGGAUCGGGAUCAGGUUUUGCUCAAAACCGUGCCUCUUUGCUACGACCGAAAGAGCCUAGAACAAUCGGAGAUCUCUAAACCACUUCCUCAUCGCACGCUGCAUCCCUGUCGCAAGAUUGAGUUUCGUAUUUCGUCUCACGACCAGGGCCACGGGCCAAUACGGGCGAAUAUGUACGAAAGCUCCUGGACCUGGUUCGACACGGAGGUCAUCCAUGCUGCUCACACGAAGAACAUGUAUGCCAACGGCACCGAGCAGGAGUUAUUGAACAAUGAACGUGGGCAAGAAAGGGGACACUAUGCUCCUGACGACGAUUUGCUCCUCCCGCGCAACAACAAGUUAAAAGUCAAUGGUUGCAGGGUGUCGGAGUCGCAAGAUUCGGUCAUCACAUGGCACUAUCUGGACGAUAUUGAGCCAGAGUCAGCGGAGGCUUAUGAGAUCGAGCGGUCUGAGGGUCGUGGUCGUUGUACUUUGGAUGGACGCAGCGUAAGAGAGUUGGAGAUCGGAGACUCUAUUGCGCUGUGGGCUCGGGCAAGGUUUCCGGGUUGGAGCAAUCAUGUGGACUAUGCGAGCGUCCGUAUCUUCUGGGCUGUCUGA